UUUAUUAAUUUGGUCUGACAUACCGGCAUUGAGUUUUUCUCCGAUCCUCGCAAGUCAUCCUAAUCCUAACUCUACUUCAUAACUAGUACGAGUCCGCUUCAGGAUUCGGGAGACACCAGAAGCUGCGGGGGAACAUGAAGACGGCUGUGCUGGGCGCGGGAUUAAGCGGCCUGUCCGCCGGCUACUAUCUGUUACGACGCUUUGGCAAGCCGCUGACCAUCUAUGAGGCCUUACCGCGGGUCGGUGGCUGGGUGCGGUCGGAGAACCGCAAGGAUGGCAACUUCAUCUUCGAGAGCGGACCGCGCACCAUCAGGCCCGUAGGAGAGCCAGGAGCCAAUACCUUGGAGUUGGUGGAGGAGCUUAAACUGGCGGUGAAGCCCAUCCCGCGCAGUCAUGUGGCAGCCCGCAACAGGAUGCUGUACGCCAAGGGGCAACUGUGUCUGCUCCCAAAUGGACCCAAGGGUCUCUUCGGUGUCCUGCCGCCCUUCACCAAGCCGCUUUACAAGGCGAUGCUGCGGGAUCUGUUUACCAAAAGCACACCGGCCAAGACGGGAGACGAGAGCAUCUAUAGCUUUGUGGAGCGCCGGUUUGGCAAGGAGAUAGCCGACUACGCCAUUAGCCCAAUGAUCUGCGGCAUCUGUGCGGGAAACGCCCGUGAGAUAAGCGUCCGCUUUUUAAUGGAAGGGCUCUUUGAAAAAGAGCAGAAGUACGGCGGUGUGCUCAAGGGGACCCUCUUUGCCCUCUUUAACAACAAGGCAAAAGACACCAAGGAGGGGCUGUUCGCCCAAGGGCUGCCGAAGCUGUACACUCAAGCACUGCAAGAGAAGUGGGCCAUGUAUGGGUUGCAGGGUGGACUGGAGAUCCUGCCACGCGCCAUGCGAAAGUAUCUGGUGGAGCGAGAUGUUAACGUGCAGCUAAGCAACGAGUGUCGGAACCUAUCCUUCAACAGCUCUGGCGCCCAGAUGAUGAUCAAGGAUGCGGACGUGCUGGUAGAACAUGUGGUCAGUGCGCUGCCAGCGCACAAGUUGGCACCGCUGGUAAAACAGCAGCAUCCCUCGCUGUGCGCCGAGCUUAUGGAGAUUCCCUACGUGGACGUUGUGGUGGUGAACUUGCAGUUCCAGGGCAACCUCCUUAAGCAGGAUGGAUUCGGUCUGCUGGUGCCGCCCAUUGAAAAGCUGCCCAUUCUGGGCGUCAUCUUCGACAGCUGCUGCUUCGAUAUGGGCGGGAACACGGUGCUUACCGUGAUGAUGGGCGGCCACUGGUUUGAGCAAUGGUUCGGCGAUCGUCCCAGUCAGAAGCAGAUCCUCGACCUGGCCACUAGCCAUGUGCAGAAGAUUUUGCAGAUCAGCGAGGAGCCCAAGUUCAGCCGCGUCCACACGCUACACAAGUGCAUUCCGCAGUACACGGUAGGCCACAAGCGUCGCGUGGAGAGCAUUCGAAACUACAUUAAGUUCUUUAACUUGCCACUGACGCUCUGCGGAGCCGCUUACGACGGUGUGGGCAUCAACGACGUCAUCCUGUCCGCCAGACGUCAGGUGGAGGCAAUGUAGUAGCGGAGCAAGCAGUGUAUUAGUUUGGUUUAAACUUGCUAAGCUUACAAAUCCCUUUCAAAAUUCCGUGAUUCCACAUUAA